GCGAAUCCAAAUAACGCUCUCAAAGCAGCCGGUAAAACUGAAUUCAUACAGUUCUUGCGCUGGCGCUUAAAGGUCCGGCGCGGUAAGAACGGUCGACAGGCAAAAGGAAGUAUUCAGAGAAUUAUCCUACGGGCAGGACUGGAUACCAAAGAGAAAGAAAAGACGCCGAUGUAUAUCGAGGACUUAAGAAUACAGCAAUAUCUGUACAAUCUGAUAGCUUGCUUUACUGUAAAUCGAAUCAACGCCAUACAAAAUUUGCAAUACAAGCAUAUACUCUGCUUAAUUCAACGUAAUCCUAAAGGGGGUCCGCCGCGGAUCUUACUAAAGUUUACUUACAAGUUCACGAAGAAAUACCUAAAAAUCACAUAA